UACACAACAGCCGGGCGGCGGCGGGAGCGGCGCCAUGUCCUGGUACCGGAACACCGUGUGGUUCCUGAAGGGGCUGCGGGAGUACACCAGGAGUGGCUAUGACUCUGCAUCCAAACACUUUGUUCCGGCAGAUUUGGAGGUAAAUGUAACUGGAAGAUCCUUCAUGAUUACUGGAGCAAACAGUGGUAUUGGCAAAGCAACUGCAAUGGAGAUAGCAAAGAGAGGUGGCACACUUCAUCUGGUUUGCCGGAAUAAAGAGAGAGCUGAAGGAGCUAAAAGAGAAAUAACAACAGAAACUGGCAAUCAGAAUAUCUUUUUGCACAUUCUGGAUAUGUCUAAUCCCAAGGGAAUUUGGGAGUUCGCUGAAAAAUUCAAGACUGAACAUAAGUUAAAUGUCUUGAUCAACAAUGCAGGCUGCAUGGUAAACAAGAGAGAACUAACAGAGGAUGGACUUGAAAAGAACUUUGCUACAAAUACCUUGGGUACAUACAUUCUCACAACUGCUCUACUGCCUUUGCUGGAAAAAGAAGAUGAUCCCAGAGUUAUAAUUGUCUCUUCAGGAGGGAUGUUGGUGCAGAAAUUAGAUGUAUCUGAUUUGCAGUCUGAAAACAUAACAUUUGAUGGUACUAUGGUCUAUGCCCAAAACAAGAGACAGCAAGUAGUCUUGACAGAACAAUGGGCUAAAGUGCACAAAAACAUCCAUUUCUCUGCCAUGCAUCCUGGCUGGGCAGAUACACCAGCGGUGAGAUCAGCGAUGCCAGAAUUCUAUGAAAAGAUGAAGAACAAACUGCGCACAGAGGCUCAGGGAGCCGAUACAGUAGUGUGGCUGGCAGUCUCCCCUGCAGCAGCUAAGCAAACAAGCGGCCUGUUCUUCCAAGACCGGCACCCUGUUUCUACCCACUUGCUCCUGGCCAGAACAUAUUCUUCACCAGAGGAGGAAGAGAAGCUAAUAGAAACUUUGGAAGAGCUUUCCCAGAAAUUUAAACCCACUUGAUCAUGUCUUCUGUAGGCAUUUAUCACCACCCAACUGAACAGAAAUGAAGCUUUGAAUUAGAAUACUAGCAGAACUGUAUUACACCUGUUACAAGUAUGAGGGGAAGAGAACAAGUUUGCUACAACUAAUAUACUUAAGCAGAAUCACAGUUCACCUUUUAUAAACAAGUUGUAAUGUAUACUGUUACUGCAGGCUUUUAUAAGAUAGCAUAAGCUAUUGAGCAGUUGAAUAUGAAUUCAGAUUUUGCUACCCUGAAGUCCUACCUCUGUCAUGUCAUACAUUGGAGUACAUGCACCUUGCUUCAAGUAUGUAAAGGAAACAGCAGAGGGAGGUAUUUCAGCAUUGGGUUGCUCAUAGGUGCCUUUAACAAACAGGUUCUAGCCUAGCACCAUUACUAAUUAGUGACUGCCCCAUAAACCUGUGUGGCUACAAUCAGUUAGUUAGUGCUUGGUUAGACUUUACCUCUACUAUCUAGGUUUUGCUAGUGUCCGUAUUCUCCCCUUGCACUCACAACUCAACCACUGCUUUAUACCAGUAGAGGACUGUGCUGUAGGUGGAAAAU